AGUUCCAACCAUCCCUUGACCCCAAUCUCACUUCAACUCCUUAACAGUCCUUUCUCUAUCCUUUCUUCCAUACAAUAUCAUACUCCGUAUAUUCAUAUCUCUGCUUCACCACUAUCGAUUUCCCUUCACACAUGCUUACAAACAACCCACUUAUUCUCUCCUUUAGAUAUAUUAAGAGCCCCAUCUCGCAUGGUCUUUCAAAAAAAGAUUUAGAGAUUUACUCUCCCCUGAUGGGUUUUGCCCAAGAAUGAUUUGCAAACUCAAUAAAGGAAGUUGAUUUAUCAUUUUAUCAAAUCUUUUUUGUCCUUGUAUUUCAUUAGCAUGUGUUACUAAAUAGAUCCAUCUAUGUCCUAGUUUGUAAAUUUUCUGAUGUAAUAUCUAGAAAUAGAGAUAUGAUAGAAAUAGGUAAUGAAGGGCAUCAAGCAACCCAAAUCUCAGGUCCCAGGCAUUCCAAAGGUCCAAGCCCACAGCCAUCAUUCUUAUUAUUCCUACUGCUUCUCUUUGUCUUCCACUUGGUUGUGGGUGAAGAAGGAGCUCCUCAAUCUCGCACAGUUGAUAAGCCAUCAGAAUCACAGGUAGUGACGGAGAAAAUGCUACAGCCGAUGGGCACCACCCCAGAGUUGAGACUUCACAUGAUAACAGCUGGAAGGAGAAAGCUGGAGACUUUCCACACCUGCGCACCGUGCAAGUGUUGCCCGCAAUUUUCCGAAGAGAAUUGUGUUUGGAUGAAGUGCUGCUAUGGUAUUCAGUGUGACCUUCCAAACAAGCCUUUCGGGUAUUGUGCUUUU